AUGUCUCUUGCUGACAAAGCUCACCAAUGGGAGAAGAGCUUGCCCCAUGGCACAAUCACCACUUGGGAUGAAUGCAAGAAGGCCUUUCUUGCUAAGUUUUUCUCCACCGGUCGCACAGCCAAGCUAAGGAGUGAGAUAUCGAGCUUCAUCAGAGGAACAAUGAGACAUUCGCUGAGGCUUGGGAGAGGUUCAAAGGCUACACAAGUCAGUGCCCACAUCAUGGAUUCAACAAUGAGUCACUUCUCUACUCUUUAUAGAGGAUUGCUUGCAAGAUAUAGAGAGAUGUUGGACACAGCCAGCAAUGGGAACUUCCUUAAUCAGGAUGUGGAUGAUGGCUGGCAGCUUGUGGAAAACAUUGCAAACUCCAAUGGAAGCUAUGGAGAAGAGUAUGAUCGCACCAACCGGAGCUCGACCCACCACUCGAUCGAGUCAGAUGAGAAAUUGAGAAAAGAUGUCAAGGCAUUGAAUGAGAAGUUGGAUAAGCUUAUCUUAGCUCAGUCCACAAUGAAGAAAGUCAAUUUUGUGUCUGCUGAAGAGAUGGAACCAGUCCAAGAAGGGGAGGAUACACAAUUUGCUGAAGUGUGCUACAUGAGCAAUGGGCAAGGAGGUUACAACAAAGGAUACUAUAAUUACAAGUCCAACCCAGCCAUGUCAUACCGAAACACUGAUGUUGCUAACCCUCAGGACCAGGUCUAUCCUCAACAACAGCAAGCUCGAUCGAGUCAAGCCCCACAACAUGGGUCAUUUGGAGCUAAUUGGAACAUUGCCUAUCACUGGAGACUAGUUGAGGAAGGAAAGACUCUGUCUGCCCCAUGUACGGACCCGCACUCGGUCGAGCUAGUGAGAUGCGUCCGAAGUAUCGUAUCAAAUGAAGAGUUUACACUCCGAUUCAGCCUCUGA